GAGCUACACCAGACAGUGAUCACCAAUGGCUGCUGGCCUGGAGAAAGCUUGUCACCGGUGCAUAUCUAAAAUUGCCAGUAAUGCAUGCUUUAUUUUUGGGCUUCUUGCUUUCCUUGCUUUACCACUGUCCAUGGCUUUUACAGGAAUGAAGUUUUUGGAAGACUGCCCACUUCAACCACUAAUUCCCUUAUAUCUGUUGGUGGGUGGUGUUGUCGGCAGUUUAAAGGUGACUCUUCUGCUUUAUGACUCCACCAGGAUGCGGCAACUGCUUUCCAAAUCUGUCGUGAUUGAUGAUGAUGACGAUGAUGAAUAUCCAUGGCGGCAGAAUGCUCACAAAUACUACAUCCAUCUUACGCUCAGCCUCUUCCUCUUUAUCUGGUUCAUACUUGGGAACUAUUGGGUGUUUUCUGUCUACCUGCCAAAUUUCAUUCCACCUUUCCACCAGCCCCAGGAUUAUUGUGAUAAAACCCUGUACAUUUUUGCUGUUGGAGUUCUUAUCAUUAGUCAUACUGUGCUGUUUUUGCUUAUCUUUUGUAGCUUCUGUAUAUAUUGUUUUUCUAGGCGAAGAUAUGCUGCAGAAGAGGAUUAA